UUUCAACUGAACUCAUUACUCAUUCCUCAAAGCAUUAAUUAAAGAGCAGAAAGAAGGAAGUGAUGAUUGAUGACUGAUGAGUAGGCAAUAAUUACUUAACUUAUUCAUAAUCAGCAGCGUCGUCAUUGAAACUUAAAAUAUUCAUGAAGGACAGGUACAAGCUAGGCCGGCAAGUGUUUGUAGUACAUAUAAUGAACACAACUCACGGAUCUGAGAUAUAAACAAACAAAACAUGAUGAUCUCUCUUAUUAUUACCGUCACCUUCCUCAUCGCCACCACAUUGGUUGCUGUUCCCGACUCGUUUCACCACCGCACGAACCAAAGGCUUCUACAAAACUACUACUACUACCAUCAUGGUGAUGGUGGGAUGAAGAAGAAAAAAAAGGAGGAGGAGAGUGAAAAUGAAAGUGAUCGCUGUGCAGUGUGUCUAUGCCAAGUGCUGUCGAAGUCAAAGUCAAAGGGGGAACGGGUACGGUGGCUACCAGGAUGCAACCACCAAUUUCAUGCAGACUGCAUCGGAGCAUGGCUGAAGGAGCACAGCACGUGCCCUCUUUGCAGGAGCCACGUGACUUCCAGUAAGACUACCGAAACUGAUCACAAAGUAGUGUUGUUAUUGCGGCAUAUCAUAAAUGUCAUCAACAUCUUGAUUCAGAGAUUCUCCGACGUGCUGAUAGCAACCGCCUAUACAUGAUGCUUUCGAAUAGCGUCCGUACCACUUUUUUCUUGUUUCAUUGAUUAUUGAUCCAUGGCAAUACAAAUUUCUCGCAGUAAUCGUUAUUUAUAUAUGAGGAAGUAUAGAGACGAUUUAUUUACAUCAAAAGUAAACAUAGGGGAAUGCUAGGAACAAUAAAAAUUUUGAACAACAUGAACAAUCAUCAAUCAAAUGAAAAUACAUUAUAUCCUAAUUUAA